AUGAACCUACAUGGUUCAAAGGUGAAUCUCCUCCUCUCUACUAUGUCAAAGAAAUAUGAAAGGAUACCUAGCGAGAAGAUUCAAGGACUCACACUUCGUGCCCACAACAGCACAAAGGUUGUCAAUCUUCCCGCGGUGUAUACUCGAGACAUUAUGCCCGCCAACAGGGAGCAUAUUCCUGUACCUGAAGUGGCAGCUUCGUUUCCUCACCUGACUGAAAUUGCAGAGGAACUGUUACCACUACAAGAUUGUGAAGUUGGACUGCUCAUUGGAUAUGACUGCGCCAGUGCUCUAACUCCUCGUAACAAAAUUCCUUCCCCUGAUGGAGAUGGACCGUUUGGCAUGAAAACUGACUUAGGUUGGAGCAUCGUUGGCGUAGCUAACCAGAAGGAGUUCGAAGUUAGCCCUGACGACAGAAUUGGGUUCAGUCAUCGCCUCAUCACUUAUGAGAUACCUAAUGAGCUGAACGAGAACAGAACUUCAAAGGGAAAGAGUGUGAUACUUUCUCACAAUGUCACCAUCAAGGGAGAAAUAAAUCCUUCAAAAGUGCUUAGGAUGCUGGAAGCCGAUUUCUCUGAUCUCAGAACCAGUAAAGAGCCCUUCUCACAGAAUGAUGUAAGGUUCAUGAGAAUCAUAAAAUAUAAUGUUCGAGUGUUAGAUGAUGGACAUUGUGAGACCCCACUCCCAUUCAAAGAAAAUGCUCCAGAUCUGCCAAACAACAGAUAUAUGGCAGAUAAGAGACUGCAGCAUCUCAAAAGAAAGUUUGAAAGUGAUCCAAACUACCACCGCAGCUACACGGAUAAGAUGGAAGCACUCCUUGAGAAGGGAUAUGCAGAGGUAGCACCAGAACUCAAGGCAGAGGAUAGUCCACCUAACAAACUACGGGUUGUGUAUGACUGCAGUGCUCAAAGUAAAGGACAAUCUCUAAAGCAUCAUCUCCUUACUGGACCGGAUCUGACGAAUGCCCUUGUAGGUGUACUCUGCCGAUUUAGGAAGGACGAGAUUGCAUCUAGCUGUGAUAUAAAGGAAAUGUUUCACCAAUUCAGAGUGAGAGAGGACCACCGUGACUACCUGAGAUAUUUGUGGUGGAAGAAUGGAAAUAUCCAUCCAGAUCCUAUGGAGUUACGUAUGGCUGUCCAUUUGUUUGGAGCAUCUUCCUCGCCAGGCUACUCCAACAUUUGCUUAAAGCAAAUAGCUACUGACCAUGCUGAUGAAUUUGGAGAUGACGUGAAGGAUUUUAUCCACCGAGAUUUCUAUGUGGAUGAUGGAUUGAAAUCUGUCCCUUCUGCUAAGGAUGCUGUUGAUCUAGCUUCAAGAACAAGGCAGUUAUGUAAGAAGGGUGGACUACAUCUACACAAAUUCAUAUCUAACAACAAAGAAGUAAUGGAAUCUGUUCCAGAGCCAGAUAGAGCGAAAAGAGUCUCAAAGACGGAUCUUCUGGGAACCGACUCACCAAUGGAAAAGGCUCUUGGAGUGUUAUGGUGUAUCGAGUCUGACACACUGAAGUUCAGACUCACUCUACACGACAAACCCCUGACGAGAAGAGGAGUGUCUGCUGGCGCCAGUCAUACUACGAGGCAAACAGAUCUUGCAAGAACUAUGCAAGAGCUAUGCAAGAAAGCAGUAGACUGGGACGAUGAACUGCCUGAUGACCAGAGGAGUAAAUGGGAGAAAUGGAGAGCUGAUUUACUCAAUCUCGACUCGAUAUCCAUACGGCGAUGCUACAAGCCUGCUGCAUUUGGAGAUGUCAAGAAAAUGCAGCUGCAUCACUUUUCCGAUGCUAGCGCUACUGGCUAUGGCGAGUGCACAUAUCUAAGGUUGACCAAUGAUGAAGGCAAGGUGCACUGUACACUGUUGAUGGGAAAAGCCAGAGUGGUACCUCUCAAACCUAUCACGGUGCCACGUCUAGAACUGACUGCCGCAGUAAUCUCAGUCAAGAUCAGUGCAUUUCUCCAGAAAGAACUUGUGCCCCCAAACACCGAAGAGUUCUAUUGGACAGACAGUAAUGAAGUGAUGGGGUACAUUAACAAUGACACGAGGCGGUUUCAUGUGUUCGUCGCCAACCGUAUACAUCAGAUUAGACAGCACUCUACCCCAUCACAAUGGAAACAUGUGGGAACACAUGAUAACCCAGCUGACCUUGCAUCCCGGGGAGCUACAGUCAACCAACUCCUGUCAUCUUCAUGGUUCAAUGGUCCAGAGUUCCUUUGGGAGAGUAAGGCAGAUGAGUUCAAACAAGAUGAUGAGUUUGAUGUAGAACCAGAUGAUCCAGAAGUAAAGAAAGCUCAUACAAACAUUGUACAGGGCCACUCUAAGCCUUGUGUCUUUGAGAUUGAUCGACUGGAUAGAUUCUCCUGUUGGAACAGAGCAAAAAUGGCAGUAGCAAACUGCCUAAGACUGAAGUCUCUUGAAACAGCGAUGUCGAGAACGAGGUCUUCCCAUCUCAUCCCGCACCAGGAAGAGUUCUCACCAGAUCGUACCACACAAACUGACUAUGAAGGAACUAAACCAAGCCCAAUUGGAAAUCUUGAAGGCUGUACAAAGAGAUGA